CCUUUUCCGUCGGCCAGUCAGUCAGUCCUUCGCAGCCGGCUGCAACCCAACACGCUCCACCCAAGUCUCGCGCUCACCACCUUGGCCCAUCCAUCACCAGCCAUGGCCGACUACCUCGACUAUGGAGAUCCAGACGCUGCAUCUGCGCUCACUCCUCUACGCUACGACGGCUCGCGGCUCACAUCGACAUUACAGGCCGACGAUGAUGAUGCCGAGAUGGGCGAUCGCGAAGGCCGAUCGCCCUCGCCUGCAAAGAGGCCCUACGAAGGAGUGAAGAUGUACCCAUAUCCAGCAGAGCUGGGCAUCGAAGCUGGAGCUCAAAGAGGACCUCGGGCACUGCCGGCGGAAGAGGAGCAGCUGGAAGGAACAGAUGCAACAGCACCAAAAGCCUGGAACGAGGAGGCUGACUACACACCUCCGGAAGUCCCAUCCCCUAUUGGCGGUGGUCAAGACGUACGGUUGUCCGCUCUUCACCUCACUGGCAAUCCAAUCUCCAAGCUAUCAACAUCGCGGCUCUUUGCCUUUGUAACACACUACGGCGCUCAGCCUCUCGGCCUCGAAUGGAUCAACGAUACCUCGGUCAAUGUCGUCUUUGCUUCUCCCAGCGCUGCCCGCCUCGCUCUCGAGUAUAUCUGCCCAGCCCCAUCUACCUCUUCCGCUGCCACCACCACUCCCGCCCUCCCAGACAUGAGCGAAUUUGAGCGGAUCGCAAUUGCCCAAAAGGAAUACAAGGUGGACAGAGAGUCGUCAGGCAACUUUGAGCAAUGGCCCGAAGCUAUCCUCGAGGCUCUCCUGGUCCCACGUUCAGCUCACCGCUUCCCUACAAAACUUUACACUGGCAUAGAGCGAGACUAUGCUGCUCAAGCUGAGCGGCUGCGAGGCGAGUCUCCCAGCGUUUCGACAAUACCAGACGACGCACCGGACAUCUAUCGGGAGAUGGCAGCAGAGGAGAGAAAGGCUGCGUGGUCUUCGCCUGAAAUGGACCAUCUCAAACGUCUACAGGGAACCAUUUGGGCCAGAUUUGCCCUCGAGAGCGCAGACGUCAAAGCCAAGAGGGCAAAAGAUGAGUCAAAGUGGUACAAAGAGCACGGCUUCUCAGCCGGCAAGGAAGUCGUGUCCAGGAUGCUCGACGUGGGAGCACUUGGAGAGAAGGCUGAGCUCCUACCGGACGCCGAAGGCAGCCAGGGUGGGGCGGGCAAGGUCAGGGGACGAGGAGCGACUCACCGCACAGCCAUGGACAAUCUUGACGAGGAGCUCAAUGCUUAUCGAGCCUCUCGCGAAGCUUCCGAUGUCAGCCGGAGGUCUGCCUCGCCAGUCAGAGGUCUCGGCAGCUCUGGCCAUGGCUACGAUGCUCCUCCAGCUGCCGGAAGCAGCAGCAGCAGCAGGACCAACCGACGAGGCAGAGGGUCUUAUGCUGCAAGGCAUGACUUGGAUGACGAGAUGGAUCAAUGGAACGCCGCUCGUGGGCAAGUAGGGGCCUCUUCACUGCUACCAUCGUCCGACGACACGGGCUACUCUGCCUCUUCUUCAAGCGGUCGUGAGUUGCUAGGAUCAGCAAGCGCCGCCCCCGAUACUGGCAUCAAGGUGAGAGGAAGGGGAAGGCACAAGGCUCCUUCGAUGGUCAGCUCCAAAAUGGCCGGAUGGUCAGACGACAUCAUCGCUCCUUCCACUUCUCGUAUGGCAUCAGACGACUUUGAUGAAUACGGUCGAUCAGGGAGCUUCAGGGCAAGGGGUCGCAGGGGUGAUGGCAUGAGCAACGGCGGCGGCGGUAGUAAUACGCUUGCGCAACGCCUCGGUGGAGCUCCUGGAUUGCCUACCCUCGAGGAGAGGAUGCAAGCUAGGGAGAGUCCGUCGCUGGCAACUAGACUGGGACAGAUGCGGGAGCGGUGAGAAUCGACUUUGCUGUGUAGCGGGAAAGAAUUUUGUAUGCUGGAGUUGGAAGCGGCGUGUUGCGAUGUAGACACGACGCUUGAUUAGCAUGGCAAUCACUACUUCACAUGCUGCGCUUCUUCCAUAUGACUUGGCACUCUGUCUGAGUCCACCCCAAGGGGUCCUGUAUGAGAAAAUGAAUUUGACGCCGCCCUGCUUGUCGGCCUGAGU